CCCACCGCACUUGCUGGUGUAUCGUUGCUGAACGCCUCGUUGUGUUUUGUAUGGCAGCUGGCUGCCGCUGUUGCCUUGAAAGGUUGCCGUUAUGACGCCUCGGUGUAGUGAAUGUUUCAUCUAUGAGUAAGCUACCGCCUUUGUGACUGACCCCGCCUUGGAAAUGGACCCAGUGGUGCUGAGUUAUCAGGACAGCCUGCUUCGGCGCUCAGACGUGUCCCUGUUGGAGGGCCCUCACUGGCUCAACGACCAGGUCAUCGGUUUUGCCUUUGAGUAUUUUGCCACAGAGCGCUUCAAGAGCCUGGGUGACAAGGUCUGUUUCAUCAGCCCUGAGGUCACCCAGUUUAUCAAGUGCGCCUCCUGCCAAGAGGAGCUUGCUCUGUUCCUGGAGCCCCUGAGGCUGUCGUCCCGUCGCUGGGUUUUCUUGGCAGUCAACGACAACUCCAACCAGACGGCCGGCGGCUCCCACUGGAGCCUGCUUCUCUACCAGCGAGACACAGGCCAUUUUUCCCACUACGACUCGCAGAGCGGCGGCAACUCCCUGCACGCCCGGCGCAUUGCAGCCAAGCUUGAGACUUUUUUGGGCGCCAGGGCCCAAGUGCCCUUCGUGGAAGAGCCAUGUCCAUCGCAGCAGAACAGCUAUGACUGCGGCAUGUACGUCAUCUGCAACGCAGAAGCUCUGUGCGAGAGCUUGCGGGCAGAAGGCUGCGCUCGCCUCCCUGCCCAGACUAUAACACCCACUUACAUCACGAGGAAGCGGACAGAAUGGCACUCACUAAUUCAAAGACUGGCUAGAGACUGAGGAGCUUUGUACUGGUCAUAUCAUCACACACUGAGUGGUUAGCAUGAGCUACUUCAUCUGAGGUGUUUGGCUAAUAGGAGUGUAAAUGUCUGACCUCAAAACGAUCAGUUAGAUUGGGGGUUUGUAGGAAACAAUUCAGUGUGUCACGAAAUCCGAAAUAUCAUCUGGAUUUGAUACUAACCGAUUAUUUUGGUACAAUUUAGAAUCAAAAUUCAUAUUUAUUUUCAAAAAUACACAGAAGACAGACAAAUACAGUUACACAGUAGCACAACAUACACAAUGUUUUGGGUUUUAAUUUGGCCAAAAAGAUAAAUAAGCGCACCCUUUAUUUUUGUUUUUUAAUGAAUAUCAUUCUAAAUAUGGCUGGUAAAUGAACAAACUGAUUAAUUGUGAUUAAUCCUGAAUUUUUGUAUAGUUAAUCAUAAUUAAUCAGAUUCUUAUUAUGAUAAAAUUGACCCUAAACAUUUUAUUCCCUGUUUUUAGUAUAUUGUGUCAUAUUUAUAUUAGCAGACAAAAUGACAAAACAAGGUUGAUUAGAAUAUGUUUAUUACUCAGUUUUCAUAUUAACCUGAACAUUAACCUGAACAUGAAAAUUACAUGAUUUCCAGGGUGAACCCAGUUGUUUUUCAUCACAGAAGUCUAGUGAGAGCAGCAGUGGCUGCAUGUUGCAACCAGUGAGUGUGUAUAUGUAUCUUAUUGUGUGUGUGUAUAUAUAUAUAUAUAUAUAUAUAUAUAUAUAUAUAUACACAAACACACACACACAGUGAUCCAACAGGUUGUAGCCUCUCGCUUUCGCUCUCGUUCAUACAGCUUGUGGAUUCCUGCUACAGUUCCUCAUUUGUUAGUUUACUUCUCAUUGAUUAACCCGUAAGUCCCAGUGAGCUUUGUUCAUCGUAGUCUCUAGAAAGUGCUGAAGGAACAACAUGAAACGCUACAAACGUGGAUUCUGUCAUAGCAACAUGCAGCACACAUGCAGCUGGGCUUCAGAAUGGACCACUGCAGAUGGUUGUAAUAAUAAUAAUAAUAAUAAUAUGUCGUGUUGUUAUUUGAUAGCCCUAAUUGAAAUAGAUUCUCAUACAGUCUCUGCAACUGAGUCAGAUCAAUGCAUUGUGCCUCAGUGAACCUUUACACUCCUAUUGGCUAAAAACCAAAGUCACUACUUACAGUAAGAAGUUUAUUAUACUCCUGCACAACAACACUCAACAUAUGGAGAUCUAAACAGCAUGCACCGCUAAUCAGAAGAACAUGAUCAGAACAUAAACACAAUGCUCUUUCAUUCAUACAUUCAAGCAGGAGCAAACUUGCAGUAAACGUAAUCAGCAGCACAAGCACAGAGACUGAAUGUAAGCUCCAGAAGAUUAGUAGCUGCUUGGAGUGAGUCUUUGACACGUUGAUGAAUGUGGCUCUUGUUUACAAGACUUUUCGCUCAGGGUUAUUUCAAGAAGAAAACAGAAGAAAGAAUGUGGUCUCUCUUGUAGAUUUACUGGUCGAGAACAACACUUAUCUAUCUCUUGUGAACAGUCUCUGCUACAUAUGUCAGCUCAAAUUGCAAGUUUCAAGGGAGCAAAAAACCUGUUUCCUUAUCUUUGAAAUCCUGGUUCUCUGCUGCCAUAAGAGAUGUGUAUCUACUGUGUUACGUGACACUUCAGAGUUUAAGCUUCACUGAGAAAAUUGUGGAUUUCGUCAGUGCUAGUGCAUUCAUGCUCUGAACAGGCGAAACGCUUUCUGACCUCGCAGCGAUGCGCAACCUUUUGUAUUUUCUGCUUUUCUCAUGACAGUGAAUGACGCAAAUAAGAAUCAGCUCAUUAAAUCUCGUCAAAAUAAAGCAUCUGUUGCAUGGAA